UUUCAUUUGUUUUUCUUUGUGUGGUUUUCUUUAAAAUUAACUUCUUUUUGACAAAAAACAAACAACAAAAAAAAAUGAUCAAUCAACGAUUAUAUCACUAUACAUAUUAUCUAUGGGGAUAUUUUCUUGAACAUCAAGAUCCACGUACAAAAAAUUAUCCCCUCGUUUCAUUAUCACCAUAUUCGAUUGCAUUAAUAAUGUAUUUUUAUUAUUUAUUGGUAACAAAAAUUGGUCGAAAAUUUAUGAAAAAUCGUCAACCAUUUCAAUUACGCAAAACAAUGUUUAUUUAUAAUAUUAUUAUGGUCAUUAUAAAUGCAUAUUAUUUUUAUGAAGCAAUUUCCUAUUGUGAUUAUCUACGUGUAUUUUUAAAUUUUGAUUAUCCCGAUAGUUCAGAUCGAUCACCGGAAACAAUUCGGGCCAUCAAUUUAGGAUGGUGGUAUUGGAUGUCUAAAUUUGCCGAUUGGUUUGAUACAUUUUUCUAUGUAUUACGUAAAAAACAUGAACAUAUAAAUUUUUUACAUCUUUAUCAUCAUAUAUCUGUACCAGUAUUUGGUUAUCUUUUAAUAAAAAUUAAUCCAAUGGUACCAUCAGCACAUAUAUUCAUCAUAAUGAAUACAUUUGUACAUUGUUGUAUGUAUUCAUAUUAUGCAUUGGCUGCACUUGGUCCAAAAAUACAACGUUAUCUUUGGUGGAAACGUUAUAUAACUGUUAUGCAAUUAGCACAAUUUAUUAUUGGUAUGAUUUAUGGUUUAUUUGUUGUUAAAUUUCAACGUGGAUAUCCAUUCAUUUGGAUGAUUAUUGGCUUAACACAACCACCAUUCUUUUUCUAUAUGUUUUAUGGUUUUUAUCGUCGAGCAUAUGAUAAUCGAACCAAAUUAAAUUCAAUGAAAAAUGCAUCCGAUAAACGUUAUGAAAAUAGCUCAACAAUAAUCAAUGAUAAAUCAAAAGAAAUUGAAAAAUUUGAUUAAUUCAAACCAUACAUUUAUUAUUAUUAUUUUAUUUUCUCCUGUUAUUGUUCA